GGACUAUUGCUCAUUACUUAGUGGAUAUUGUGUGACUGAAUUUUCAUUGCUGAUUUGUUUAUCAGAACGGGACAUUGAGAAAUCAGAGUUGAAUGGUUGUGAUGUGUGAGGACUCAUCAGAUUGAAAAUUUUAAAAAUGGCAUUGCUCACGAAAUUUUGGGGAUUGGACCUGCUGGCGGUUUCUUUCGUACUGAUACUAGUGUUCUAUCUGUAUAUGACGAGGAAUUUUAAUUAUUGGACGAAACGGGGAGUCAAGCAGAUCCCGCCGGUGCCGUUUUUCGGGUGUUUCAAGGAGAUUAUUCUGCAGCAGAAAGUCCCAGGUCAUUUCUUCAGGGAUUGGUACGAGAAGUACAGACCCCUGCCUUAUGUUGGAUUCUACGUUUUGGAUAAACCGUUCCUCCUGAUUCGUGAUCCGGAGCUUGUUAAGAGUGUUCUUGUCAAGGAUGCCAAUUACUUUCAGGACAAACAUCUCACGGCUAAUCCUAAUGAUACACUCAGUGCUGCUAAUGUUUUUCUUAUUAAAAAUCCAGCCUGGAAGUAUUUGAGAUCGAAAUUGACGUCGGUUUAUACCGCUGGAAGAUUGAAGAAAAUGUUUGACUUGAUGCUGGAUGUUUGUAAGGAUUUCGAUACAUUUUUGGAAUCUCAAAAUUUAGAUGGUCCGGGGGGUGUUUUGGAGAUGAAAGAUGUAUCCGCUAAAUUCACCACUGACCUCAUUGCAACAACUGCUUACGGCAUUAAAGCGAAUUCUCUCAAUAACCCCGAUGCUGAAUUUCGAAAACAUGGAAAAAGAAUUUUUGAAUUUACUACUUAUCGUGGCUAUGAGUUCUUAGCCAUGUUCUUUGCACCGCAGUUUGUCAAACCUCUGAAUAUUCAAUUUUUCCAAAAAGAAAGUACAAAGUUCCUGAGAGAAGCACUCUGGGGAACUCUGCAGGAACGACAAAAAUCGGGAAUCAAACGUCCCGAUCUCAUCGAUCUUCUCAUCGAAUUGAGAAAAAAUCAACCAGAAGAGGAGAAGAAAAUUUUUGAAUUCGACGGUGACAAUCUGGUAGCCCAAGCCGCUGUUUUUUUCACUGGUGGCUUUGAAACCUCUUCAACUGUAAUUAGUUUUUGCCUGUAUGAACUUGCGACGCAUCCAGAAGUUCAAGACAAGGUGAGGGAAGAAAUACAAACGGCUCUGCAGGAGAACAACGGCAAAAUAACCUACGACAUGGUGGUGUCAGGAUUGCCGUACAUGGACGCAGUGAUAUCAGAAGUUCUGCGUUUCUACCCACCUCUGCCCUAUUUGGACAGAGAAGCUUCUUACGAUUAUAAAAUCCCAGGUAGUGAUGUGAUCCUCAAGAAAGGAACUCCAGUGUUGAUUCCAAUGUUGGGCUUCCAUUUCGAUGAGGAUUACUUCCCAGAUCCCUUCCGCUUCAAUCCCGACAAUUUCUCUGAGGAAAAUAAGAAAGCGCGAAAACCUGGUGUCUACAUGCCAUUCGGCGAUGGGCCACACACUUGUAUUGGUUUACGACUUGGAUUGAUCCAAGCAAAACUGGGAAUAAUAACAAUGCUAUCCAAAUACGAAAUAUCUCCUUGCAAAGAGACUCUCAUUCCCAUGCGAUUGAAUCCAAAAGCUGUAAUAGUUACUCCCGAUGGUGGUGUACACCUCACAGUGAGAAAAUUAGUUAAAUAAUUCACUCCAGUUUUAAUCAAGUCCUUGGGAAACUUUCAAGAGUAGUUUUACAAAUACUUCGUGUAAUUGAGGAGUAAUAAAAAAUUAGUUAUGAGUUU